AUGGCCGCUGGCUUCCACGAGCCCCCGCAGUGUCCCAGUGGGCCCGUGGCUUUAGGAGUGGGUGGCUGGGAGUUGGUGCCCCGCCAGCGGCUGGGGGAGAAGCAGCAGGGACAGCGUGCGGACAGUGCCAUGGCCACUUCUGUGGCCACUCGUGUCUCUGUCCCAGGCACAGCCGUGGUGUGGAACACCGGCUCCUUUGGCGCGGCCGCCGGCCCCGAGCCGCCGGUGUCCGCUUCAAAAGAGCCAACAUGUGGGGAUGGCCGGCCCGGGGCGGUUGAGCGGCGCUCGGGGGCCGUUCCUGGCCCCGGGCCGAGCGCUGACGGCCGCGUCUCGCCGGCAGGGAAGGCGCAGCAGGGCCUGAAGGAGCGGUACCGGCUGGGUUCGCUGCUGGGGCGCGGCGGCUUCGGCAGCGUCUUGGCGGCGACGCGGCUCUCGGACGGCGCCCCGGUGGCCAUCAAACGGGUGCCACGGAACCGCAUCCACCAUUGGGGCCAGCUGCCCGACGGCACCCGAGCACCACUGGAGAUCGUGCUACUGGACAAGGUGUCCGCUGGCUUCCCUGGCAUCGUCCAGCUCCACGAGUGGCUGGAGCUCCCCAACAACGUGGUGAUGGUGCUGGAGCGCCCGGAGCGGUCUCAGGACCUCCUUCACUUCAUUCGGGCACGGGGCUUCCUGUGCGAGGAGGUGGCGCGGCACCUGUUCCGCCAGGUGCUGGAGGCCGUGCGGCACUGCGCCAGCUGCGGGGUCCUGCACAAGGACCUCAAGCCAGAGAACAUCCUGGUUGACCUGGCCACCGGGCAGGCCAAACUCAUUGACUUUGGCUGUGGCACCUACCUGCAAGCCGCAGCCUACACCAGCUUUGCAGGAACACCGUCCUACAGCCCCCCGGAAUGGACGCACCUCGGCUGGUACCACGGCGAGGCAGCGACCGUCUGGUCCCUGGGCAUCGUGCUGCACCAGAUGGUCUGCGGGGAGCACCCUUUCAGGAGGGGCUGGAACAGCACCUGGGGCCGGCUCUCGCUCCCACGACGGCUCUCUCCAGAGUGCCAGGAUCUCAUCCGACGGUGUUUAUCCGUGCUCUCCUCGGAAAGGCCCUCAUUAGAAGACCUGUCCUGUGAUCCUUGGAUGCAGGAUAUUUGCGUGCCGUAGGAGAAGGGAGAGAGCCACACGCACGCUUUGAGCCAGGGAGCCGCAACAGCCAGGGCCCUGGGCAGAGCACUGACAGCCUGC